ACAACCAGGACCUACAGAAGCACACGAUGUGUGAAUGUAACUGUACGUUUUUCGGUGACAAACUUAUUAAAAGCGAAAUCCCCAGUGUACAAAUGACAAUUUGCAUUAAUAUUCAUAAGAUUGUGAAGUUAAGUGGUUUACAUCGUUUAUCUUCUCAGGAAGACACCGGGGGACCCCAGUAGACAGACUGUAUCACGCGGUGCAUCAAUAAAUUCACAAAAGAAUGGUUUACAACCAUAAAUCUAAUAGAUUCGUAAGAUAGUCGGUGGUCCAUUUUUGACAACGCUGUAUUCGUGUACGAUACGCUCUCUUUACGCGGUGGUGAUUUAUAUAUAUUAUAUAUAUAUACUAUAUACCAUACUGAUUGAAAUACAAGAGGGUACGUAGUGGUAAGAAAAGACAGUGGAUCAUGCCGAGUGAAUACGAGCUGUCGGAUAUAAGUGUGAAAUACAAGCAAGAAAACACCAGUUCUGUGACGGGCGAUAGUAGAAAAAUGGCCAACGGCGGAUUUUACAUUUCGUCGGCAAAAGCCUUUAUUCUUGUGUUUUUGGCAUUGGCUGUUGCCGUCGGUGUAGGGAUUAUAGUGCACUUUGCCGGACCGGCGAGAGAAGUGGAAUGUCGGUGUUCUUUUCCGACGACAGACAACGGGAAUUCGGGCGGAAGCACUGCCGCCCUUGAACAGUGCAAAGACUGGGCAUCAGAUGGGAACACAGAAAUUUGUUCAGCAUGCCCGAACCAGGGAACAUCCGCUUCAUGUCCGACAACGGCGACGCAGACGACAAAGGGAUCAACCACUUCCGGUGCUGGUCAAACGACAACAGCAGCAGCUGCAACAACAACAACAGCGCCACCUACCGUUAUCGAUGUUCGGCUCCCUACGGCUCUCAACCCUUUGCUGUACACAGUUGAACUUCAGCCUCAUAUGUACACCAUGAACUCGGACGAGUUCACUUUUAAUGGGUCGGUCAGAAUACUGUUCGAAUGCGUUCAAAGUACAAACAACAUUACCCUACAUAUAAAUAAACUCAACCUAACAGGAGAAAUUAAAGUAACCCAUGCAAAUGCUGUUGAAGAUGAAUAUCACUCUCAUGAGUUUGAUACGCAACGACAAUUUCUGAUAAUCAAGACUAAAAACCAACUUAUGGCGGGACAAAAUUACACGGUUGAUAUAACAAGUUUUGUUGGACCAUUGGUACCGGAUUUGGCCGGAUUAUAUCUCAGCUCAUAUACAAGAGGAAACGAAACUAUGUAUGUAUUGAUUUUUUUUCUCAAAUGCACAUAUAUUUUAUGGAAUGCACGUAUUUGUUCGUUCCCGUGUCUGGAUGAACCGGCCAUAAAAUCCGAGUUUGAGGUCACACUCGUGAGAAAGAAGCAUAUGACGUCAAUAUCAAAUAUGCCAAUUGAAAGUAAUUCAACUAGGGGAGACGACUGGGUUGCUGAUAAAUUUCAAAGAACGCCAAAAAUGUCCACAUAUCUUCUAGCGUUUAUAAUCUGUGAUUUUGACUAUAUCGAGAACACGACCAAGAACGGCAUCACGUAUCGUGCUUGGUCAAGACCAGAGGCCAUAGAUCAGGCUCCAUAUUCCCUUCAAGUUGGUGUUGACAUUUUGACCUUCUUUGAAGAGUACUUCAACAUUUCAUAUCCGCUUCCGAAACAAGAUAUGAUAGCAAUUCCUGAUUUUGCUGCUGGUGCCAUGGAGAACUGGGGUUUGAUCACUUACCGGGAAACAGCCAUGUUGUACGAGCCGGGUGUGUCGUCAGAAGGCAACAAGCAGCGAGUAGCCGUGGUCGUCUCUCACGAGCUAGCUCAUCAGUGGUUCGGAAACUUGGUGACGCCAUCUUGGUGGGACGACCUGUGGCUGAACGAAGGUUUCGCCAGUUACGUUGAGUACAUGGGCGUUGAUGAAGUGCACCCGGAUUGGAAAAUGUUUGAACAGUUUGUGGUGGAAGAUCUACAGGAUGUGUUCAACUUUGAUGGACUGAUUUCGUCACAUCCGGUUUACGUUCCCGUGGCACAUCCGGACGAAAUCAAUGAAAUUUUUGACAGAAUUUCAUAUGCAAAAUUUGAUCAAUUUGUCGUCGAGAUGGUGCAGUAUGUCUUUAAUUAUGACGGGCUUACAUCAUCACAUCCUUUAUACGUGCCCGUAUCACACCCAGAAGAAAUAAGUGAAAUCUUUGAUAGUAUUUCAUACUCAAAGGGAGCUUCCAUUAUACGUAUGAUGAGAUUUUUCCUAGGGGACAGCACUUUUCAAAAGGGACUAACGAGAUACUUAAACAGUUUACGUUAUGGCGCUGCUUUCCACGAUGACCUUUGGUUUGCCCUCGGCAACCAAUCACUGAUUGAAAAUAGUUUGGUACAUAAUGUCAAGGAAGUCAUGGACACAUGGACCCUCCAGAUGAAUUAUCCCGUUGUCAAGGUGACGUACAACAGUGCUGGACAAAUCACCAUUUCCCAGCAUAGAUAUUUGCAGGACUACAACGCGACUGAUCCGGGAAAAUAUAC